AUAUGAGAAGGUCCGCGUAUUCGUAUAGUCUAUAGUACGUUUUUAGGUAUAGAUUUUCGCAAUUGUUGAUAAUUUCAAGUAUUCUAGAAUAUUUUAACAAUUUACCUCUGAAUUAGAGACUUACGACAAUGUCCGGCAUGCCAGAUCAACAGUUCUUAUGGAAUAUUUUCCAGAAAGUGGAUCGAGACCGAAGUGGUUUUAUUUCAGCAGAUGAACUACAGCAAGCCCUCUCCAAUGGUACCUGGAACCCUUUUAAUCCGGAAACUGUUCGACUGAUGAUUGGAAUGUUUGAUCGGUCAAAUCGAGGCUGUGUAAGCUUUGAGGAUUUUGGUGCACUAUGGAGAUAUGUCACUGACUGGCAGAAUUGCUUUCGCUCCUUCGAUACAGACAACUCAGGUAAUAUCGACAAAAAUGAACUGAAAUCAGCGUUGACAGCGUUUGGUUACCGUCUUUCCGACGGCUUGUAUGAUACAUUGAUUCGGAAAUUUGAUCGAUACGGAAAAGGUACUAUUUUGUUUGAUGAUUUUAUCCAGUGUUGUGUGAUACUGUACACGUUGACGUCUGCGUUUAGACAGUACGAUACAGAUCAAGAUGGUGUGAUAACAAUUCAUUAUGAACAGUUCCUUAAUAUGGUAUUUAGUCUAAAAAUUUAACUUUGAGAAUAUACUUCACCCUUAUAUUGUUGAAAUUAGGAUUAGAUUUGGAAAUACUUCACCUUUAUAUUGUUAAAAUUAAGUAAUUCGAGCUUUGUAUUUGAGUGCUCUAAAAUUAAUAAAACUGAGUUAUACUGUAAAUCAAAUGUAACGGGAAAAAAGAACUUGGUUCUCAUUUUAUAUAACCUAUAGGUCCACACAUAGUGAUAUCCAUGUUGAAAAACGUGAAGCAUCGAUAUAAAACACCAGGACAUGAGAGAUUGCCUUAAACAAAUUUGAUUCAAUCAAUGUGGAUGGCUAGUCCUUAAAAACAUACCAUAAUAUUUUGAGCAGUUGGCAAAUAGAUCCAGCAGAUACUACACUGUUUGGUCCAUCCAAAAUAUAAUAAGAAAAAUGCAGUAAUGGUGUAAAUGGAAUGAUUUAUAUUUAUCACAAUAUGCAAAACAAAUGAUAGGCUGAAAAUAUAAAUCCAUUUUAUUGCAAUCGCUUUAAUCGUCUACUGAUACCGUUGCCAAGUUUUUUGACAUGCGCUUAUACCCAUAAUGUUUAUUUCUGUUCUUUACAACAAUAGCUUGUAUGUAUAUUUUUUUAAAUACAGAUUACU